GUCAUGGGAACCUCAGCAUCACCAGCCGAGCACGCUUUGGAUUAUUCAUCAGGUCGAGCUGAAGCAUCGUGAUGUUGAGCUGAAGUGCAGGAGGUCGAGCUGAAGCAUCGUGAUGUUGAGCUGAAGUGCAGGAGGUCGAGCUGAAGCAUCGUGAUGUUGAGCUGAAGUGCAGGAGGUCGAGCUGAAGCAUUGUGAGGUCGAGCUGAAGCAUCGUGAUUUCGAGCUGAAGCAUUUUGAGGUCGAGCUGAAGCAGUGGGAUUUCGAGCUGAAGCAUUGUGAUUUCGAGCUGAAGCAUUGUGAGGUUGAGCUGAAGCAUUGUGAGGUCGAGCUGAAGCAUCGUGAUUUCGAGCUGAAGCAUUGUGAGGUCGAGCUGAAGCAGUGGGAUUUCGAGCUGAAGCAUCGUGAUUUCGAGCUGAAGCAUUGUGAGGUCGAGCUGAAGCAUCGUGAGGUCGAGCUGAAGCAUCGUGAUUUCGAGCUGAAGCAUUGUGAGGUUGAGCUGAAGCAGUGGGAUUUCGAGCUGAAGCAUCGUGAUUUCGAGCUGAAGCAUUGUGAUUUCGAGCUGAAGCAUUGUGAGGUCGAGCUGAAGCAUCGUGAGGUCGAGCUGAAGCAUCGUGAGGUCGAGCUGAAGCAUUGUGAUUUCGAGCUGAAACAUUGUGAUUUCGAGCUGAAGCAUUGUGAGGUCAGGCUGAAGCAUUGUGAUUUCGAGCUGAAGCGGCGUGAUGUCGAGCCGCGAGGAGCCGGCUCUGCUGCAGCUCAACCUGCGGAGGGAGACGUGGUGUCAGGUGGAGGGGGACAGUGGACAGUCCUGGGAGAGGACGGAGAGGAGGCACCACCGCGGUCACCUGAGGACCAGCCCGGUGCUGCUCGCCGCUCUGAUAGCAGGGCCGCAGCCCGGGGGGGGGAGGUCCGAGCGGCUGCCCCCGGUCAAGCUUCCGGAGAGAAGGCACUUUGAAGAGAGCUAUAAAUCACACCUGGUGUAAAACUGCUUCAGGACCCUGGGACAACAAAUACUGUCCAAACAUGCAGUUGUCUCAAUAUCCAGUGAGCAACUGUUCAAGAAGAAGAAACGAGUCUGAGGAAAACAUUUCACUGGUCAGAUUCCUUUGUGUCUGUGUUUGAAUAUCAUCUCUUCAUGUUCCCUGUGAAACUUCACUGAGUGUCAGUUGAAAUGUCUCCACAGAUUAAACCUUCUUGAUUAUAA